AUUCAAGAUCAUCAUCGGCUCGGCGGUUUCAUGACGCAUCUGCGCUUAGAUCUCACGCCGAAAUUGCCGUCGAUGAGCCGUAGGAAGCUGUUCAUCCGCGCUAACGCGCUUCUGCUGCUGCUGGUGUUGGUGUUCGUCUUCCUAUGCGUGCGCUAUUUACCGACGCGAAGAUGCUCGACGGCCGAGUCUUCCAUGAUGGAGGGUAGGAUCAAGUAUAGACUGGUCGUUCUGAUUCUCAGCAGCCCGGACAAUCUGGAACGCCGGGGCACGAUUCGCAAGACCUGGCUGGUGGAUUACCACGCCACCGUCCGACCGCUAUUCGUCGUCGGCACCCUGGACAUCCUGCCGGAGCAGCGGAACACGCUACUGUCGGAAAGGGACAAGUUCAACGACCUGCUGCUCUUGCCCAAGCUUCAGGAUUCCUACGGCAUGCUGACCAAGAAGGUGCUGCACGCGCUGAAGGCCGUCCACGAGGGCUACGACUUCGACUUCUUGCUCAAGUGCGACGACGACUCCUACGUGCUGGUGCACAAGAUUCUGAAGGAGCUCGACAGAUGGGAGAGCAAGGGCACCAGGCGCGAGCUCUACUGGGGCUUCUUUAACGGCCGGGCGCAAGUAAAGCGGAGCGGUCCAUGGAAGGAGACUACCUGGAUUCUCUGCGAUUACUACCUGCCAUACGCCCUGGGCGGUGGCUAUGUCUUGUCCUACAACCUCGUCAAAUUUAUCGCGACUAAUGCGGAUAUUCUCAAAUUGCACAAUUCGGAGGACGUGUCCGUUGGCCUCUGGUUGGCACCGUUAGCGAACAUCGAGAGGAAGCACGACGUGCGCUUCGACACGGAGUACAGAUCGCGCGGCUGUUCCAAUCAGUAUAUAAUCACGCACAAGCAAACUAUUCAGAACAUGAGGAGCAUGCACGAAUAUUAUCAAGCUUCCGGGGCGUUGUGCUCGAAAGAAGUGAGGAAUCGCAUGAGUUAUCAGUACAACUGGACCGUGCCGCCUAGUCAAUGCUGCAAUAGACAGUCAGGUAUUCCCUGAAACGGCGCUAGAAGAAAAGCGCUGUUAUAGUUCGCUCUUUUGAUACUCGCUCAAUAUUCUCAAGUUGUUAUUUAUUCUGUAAGUUUGUAAUCGUACGCGCUAGGCGUUCUGCUAGUGAGCUUAUUUAUUGGUACAUUCGUCAGAGUAGCUUUACACUGAGAUCAGGCCACUGAAAGAGAGAAAGAGCCCAAUCCGGUCUCUAGAAGCGCAUCCUAAAGCCUAGAUUAGAUUGGAAAUUGAAGACCGCGAAAAAAGCCAAGAUUGAAAUUAUUCGUUGAAUUUUAAUGUCUAACUCGCAGUUCUCAAUUUCUAACAGCUAAUUUGACACGGGCUUAAUCAGUAUGAGCAACAAGAAGCCGUAGAUGAUUGCUAAUUGCGAACCUAUAACGUUCUUCUGAUAAUCGGGACGAUCAGCGAUUUCGUAUCUAGACCUUAUUCGCGACUCGAGUAUUGUUAUAUGAGAUACAAUACUAUUAUAAUUAAUUAACAACGCUUGUAAAUACAUUUUGUAAAUAUUUAGCGAAAGAUAUAAGUAGACUGGCAGGCCCGGGUUUACGUUUCCGUGAAUCAAAUAUAUUUUUUUCAAUUAUA